GUGGCUGCCCAGGUAUAUAUAUAAAGCGCUGCGCCGUAGCGGGACACACACACAGACACGCCAGACAUCAGCAUGAAGGCGUUCGUGAUCCUCUCCUGUGCAGCUGCGGUGGCCUUGGCUCAGCACCGGCCCCUCAAGGAAGCCGGUCAUUUCCAUGCCAUCACGGAGCCCCAUCUUCCCCGCGACCCGAACGUACUCUUGGCUACACAGAAUUUCCUCAACCAGUUUGCGGAAUUGAAGGCGCUCGCUGAUGCUGCUCCCGACCCACCCCCCGCCCCACCAGCUUUGCCCCAGUCCAGAGGCAUUUCCCAGUCCAGCCACCCACCAGUCUUUCCGGCGCUCACCGCUUCGCACCCCAGCCUGCUGCCGCCCCUAUCCCCGUUGCCGCCCCUGUGGCCCAUCCCUCCCCAGCUCCUGCCCCUCCCCGUUCACGUGCCCCGUCAAUUUGAUGUCCACGGCCAGAUCCGCACCCUCCUGAACCAGCACAGGCCCAAGGUUGUCCCCACCUUCGCUCCCGCUCCUCCAGCCCUCAGUCCCACCCCUGCUGUUGCCCAGCCAGUUCCCACUUUCGCCCCUGCCCGCCCCGCACCAGCCGUGAGGUUCCCCAACUUUUCCGUCCUGAGCAGCGUGGGCGGCCACCAGAGGGUCACCAGCACAGGCCCCCGCAUUUCCGGCACUGGAUUCACCCCUGACGUGCUCGCCGCCCAGAAGAACCUCGCCGCCGCCCACCAGAACAUCCUGAGGCAGCAGGCCGCCCUCGCCCCCACCCUUUUCUAAACGCUCCCCGACCUGCCCGCCUCGCCUGCCCACACCCUCAAGUCCAAGAGUUACCAAGGUCUCUGGCCACCGUGGGAGGGCACACGGCAGCAACAGCCCACAUUGGUGCCUGCGCCUUGUGUAGCCCAUGACGACGUUCUGCCGUUGAAAGGUAGACCGAGGCACGACUGUACAUACGUCUGUGUGUAAAUACAUUUUAUACAAACAUUA